AAGACCAUGACGACCCCCAAAACUCCCAGUUUUUGGUAUGCUAUGGAGGCUAGUAAGCAUAAGGGAUGUGUUGUACCGCAAUACUUAUAUACACAGUCUAUUCUGCGUGAAUACUAGCCGUUUGACUUUGAACCCUCCUUGGGUCCCAUACAGUCCCUCCUGUCAUCGUUAAUGCAAACUCAUAACGCACAUACAUGUACAAAUACACAAUAUUUGGCGUGGCAUUCGCCGCAUAAAAUAUUAAUGCCGUUUCGCUUAUUUUUUACGACACAAUAAAAAAAUGGUGAAAGGACUUUCUCCCCACGCGCACCGGCCCGUGCCGCCAAACUUUCUCCCCCGUUCUGCGUCACGUGACGCGGUGAAUAAUUAGGCUCAGCUCGCCGCCUUUCGAUGUUGUUUAGGAAACGGGCACGCGAGCAUAGGGGAAACCUGUGCCGACUUGCGCUCCGGGCAAAAUCACGGAUUUUUACCGAUUCUACCCAAAAGGAUCGUCACAAAGGACACUUAGACUCCCAAGCUACCUUUUCUGACCGCAGGGGAUGGAAUUUAUCGGGAAAAGUCGGAAUUUCUGGGCAGUUUUCGAGGAGAAACGUUCACGUUAUUUGGUCAUUUGAUUGGGAUUUCAUCACGACAGAAGCAUCAGGUGUUCCCGGGCCGGACUCUCUCGGUCUACCCUUGGCUCGGGAUCAACGUUACCGUUCUGACCGAAGUGGUCCGUCGUGUCGGGACGGUGUCUGUCGUUGUCUGUUAGUUGUCGUGUGAAGACAACCGCCGGAGGAGCCGGCUUUAUACGACUGCCGGUUCGCCAUUUUGGAGAGAAAAACGCUGCAGAUCGUCAGGUUUUCGCCCAUCCCAUACGCACCUCAGCAUGUCCUGACGUCUGGCGCUGACAGCCCGUCCAGCUGCGCGCCUCGCGCUGUUAAACCUCGCCCAGCUCACUCGUCCAUUUAUGGCCGGGCAGGAAAGUUGGCCCAGACUUCUGGGAUGUGUCAGGACCGUGGAUUUUCAGUGUACGUUGAUGUUCUGAGAAAAUUCGCUGACCGAGAAACAACGAGGGCAUGUCGGAGCCGAGCGAGCCUACGCCUUCGCCCGCCGCGCCUGGCGGGUGUGAUGACUCCGGGUCCCCCGAGUCCUCCGCCGACGACCCUCUUGAGAGCACGGCUCCCGCUCUUCUACCGGGAGAUGGACAACAAGACUCCUCGAGUGAAAGUGACGACAACAAGAGCACGAGUAGCUGCGAGCCAGAGCGGGAAAGCUCAGAAGAGAUCUCGGCGGCGUUAAGCGAAGAGGGCAAGCCGGUAACAGCCUCAAGCCCUCCGAGAUCGCCCCACAGGCCCGACGAGAUCGUGCCCGAUCCGCCCACCAGCGGAGAUGAGUCCGAGGACCGGGCGGAAGCCCAGGAUGUCCAGCCCUACCCCGAACUGGCGCCCACCGCGUUCUGCUUCCUCAAGCAGACGCACAAGCCCCGACUGUGGUGCAUCAAGCUCAUCUCCUGGCCAUGGUUUGAGCGGCUGAGCAUGAUGGUGAUCCUGCUGAACUGUGUCACCCUGGGGAUGUACCAGCCUCGUAACGACAAGACCUGUCCUCAGCGCUGCAUGGUCCUCCAGGGCUUCGACCACUUCAUCUUCGCGUUCUUCGCAGCAGAGAUGGCCCUGAAGAUGAUCGCGAUGGGGAUCUUCGGGAAGAAGUGCUACCUUGGUGACACGUGGAACCGACUGGACGCUUUCAUUGUACUCGCUGGAAUGGUGGAAUAUUCCCUGGAACUGGAAAGUGUUACCCUAUCAGCCAUUAGGACAGUCCGAGUCCUCAGGCCCCUCAGGGCCAUCAACAGAGUCCCUAGUAUGCGCAUUCUGGUGAUGCUCCUACUGGACACCCUGCCUAUGUUAGGCAACGUCCUCCUGCUCUGCUUCUUUGUCUUCUUUAUCUUCGGCAUUUUGGGGGUGCAGCUGUGGGCAGGGGAGCUCAGGAACAGAUGUUAUCUGGACAGCAACAUCACAAACCUCACGCUGCCGGAACCACUUGCAAGAUAUGUGAUGGGAAACCCAUACUACAGGCCCUCUGAAGAGGAAGACUUCAUCUGCUCCAAAAGCAAUGGACUAUUGCACUGUUACGACAUCCCGGCCCUGAAGGACGGUGAUGCAGUCUGUAACGGAACCAUCGAGGGUUACUUGAACACAACCAUGAACCUCACAACAAACUGCAUCAACUGGAACCAGUACUACACAGAGUGCAAAAAAGGGCUACACAACCCUUUCAAGGAUGCCAUCUCGUUUGACAACAUACUGUAUGCAUGGGUUGCAAUUUUCCAAGUUAUCAGCCUAGAGGGCUGGGUAGACAUCAUGUACUAUAUACAGGAUUGCCAUUCCGUUUGGAACUGGGUCUAUUUUGUUAUUCUCAUUGUUAUUGGAUCAUUUUUCAUGAUCAACCUUUGCUUAGUGGUCAUAGCCACACAGUUCUCUGAAACCAAACAAAGAGAAAGCAGGCUCAUGGAGGAGCAGAGGCGGAAGUACCUCUCCACAAGUACGUUAUCCAGUCAGCCCAAUCCAGACAAUCCGAGAGGCUGCUAUGAAGAGGUGUUCAAGUUGUGCGUGCACAUGUGCAAACGGUUGAGGCGGAGAGUCUUGAGAUUGUACCACAGAUUCCAGGGAAGACACCAGAGGAAAGUGGACCCCGCUCUGACCCUACAGAGGAAGAGGAGGCGGAGAAAAAAGUCUGUGUGUGUUCACCACCACCAUCAUCAUCAUCACCACCAUUACCAUUUCGGAGGUGCCAACCCCCUGCCUCCCAUAGAGAGUAGUCCGCCAAAGUACCAGGUGACGUUGUCUCAGAGCCCCUGCCCGAGCCCCCUCGCCCCUAUCGCAACUCCAGAACCUAGCGAUGUGGAAUCCUUGCAGUCCCCGAGCAAGUCUAACUUGCUUCGAGUGCCUUCAACAAACGGCGUGCAUCGUUCACGAGAGUCCCUACAGUCUUCGCAUAGUGAUGCCGCAACCAACGGUGAGCCUGACACUACAUUAAGAAAGUCUUCCCUCCUCCCUCCCCUUAAAGAUGUUAACGUGCCCUCACCAAAACAUCUUAGCGUCCCCCUGCCAACCAUUGCCACCCCCGGGGUGAAGGUGCUUCCCCCCCUGAAGUCCAGACCCGCUGUGGAGGAACUGCAGACCCUGGCUGUCGCAUCCACUAAAAAUAUCGCUCGAGCCGUCACCCAAUCAUGCCACUCCAGUCCCGGGCCUUCCACCAAACCAGUAACGUCGGAUCCCAACAUAUUCCAAGACGACAAUGAUCAGUCCCUACAAGUCCAAAGACUUUCCGUCCCAUCUGUGAUUCCCUCCUCUCUACAAGUUCCAGCGGUCGUGUCCAAAGACCAUGUAGAAUGCACCUGUACACACACACAGUAUGACUGGGCCUCCAACUCUGAGUCUGAGGUGUCUGUCAGCGAUGAAGAAGUGGACUCCAAGAAGUACAGAGAGGAGAGUGUAGACCUGCCACCAAGACCCCCAGGCUGCUGGGAGAGGUUUACCAAGUUUAUGAGAACUAUUGUGGACAGUAAGUACUUCAACCGAGGUAUCAUGGUGGCCAUCCUAGUCAACACCCUGAGCAUGGGGAUUGAGUUCCACAAUCAGCCUGAGGAACUGACCAAUGCCCUGGAGAUCAGUAACCUGGUCUUCACCUCCCUGUUUGCCCUGGAGAUGCUCCUGAAGCUGCUGGCCUACGGACCGCUCGAGUACAUCAGGAACGGGUUCAACGUGUUUGAUGGCAUCAUUGUUAUAGUCAGUAUUGUGGAGAUUGCAGAAGACGGAGAAGGUGGCUUGUCUGUGCUGCGAACCUUCCGGCUAAUGAGAAUACUGAAGUUGAUCAGGUUCUUACCUGCCUUGAGACGCCAGCUCCUGGUCAUGAUUAAGACGAUGGACAAUGUGGCAACCUUCUUUGCCCUCCUUAUCCUGUUCAUCUUCAUCUUCAGUAUUCUGGGCAUGCACUUGUUUGGGAACAAGUUCUGUGAACCCGAUCCAGUACACAACAAGAAAGUGACGUGUGAUCGGAAGAACUUUGAUACCCUACUGUGGGCCCUUGUUACAGUGUUCCAGAUCCUGACACAGGAAGACUGGAACCUUGUUCUCUACAAUGGCAUGAAGAACACAUCUCCAUGGGCGGCUCUGUAUUUCAUCGCUCUUAUGACCUUCGGAAACUACGUUCUGUUCAACCUACUGGUGGCCAUCUUGGUGGAGGGUUUCUCAGCAGAGCAACGGAAAAUUGAGAAGGUCCAAAGGGCAACAAAAGCUCUCAAGACCCUGGCAGUUUGGAAACGACCAAGUUUGAUGUCAAAAAAGACUCCGUCCACAACCAAUCUUUUGACCCCACCACUGAAGGAGGAAAGAAAGAGUGAAAUGGAUGACUCAAACAGUCAACUCGCAGGGCCCAGCAACUACAAGAUGGUGCUUGUGGGAGCUGCAAGGAAAGAUGGUGAUGGUGACGACACCAGUCCAAGUGUGUUGAACAAUGAGCGGACACUGGUGGUGGCUGGUCCUGAGCCGCCCAUCAUCACCAGGACUGAGGCCACCCCGCAGGGCUCACCCAACACUGAUGGCCCCAGCAACGGGAAGUCUGUCAGCUAUCCUGCCAGUGUCUCUUCACAGGAUGACGAAUGCACACCCGGGAAUCCUUCUGCCCUGACUGUUCCUGAACAGGACUCCCCAGGUCUGUCCCGCUCCGGAAGUCGCAGCAGUCACUUCAGCUGGCGCAGGAGCAAGGGCGGAGAACGGGAGAGCAUCCUAUUCGCUGACGACGAGGACAACCUCAACGACGAAGUCUUCACCAACACCACGCACACGUACGAAGAAGACGGGACCGUACGCGCGUCCUUCAAUCCCACAGACGUCGCGUCCCAGUCGGGAAGCUUGCGGUCGCGCAACGUGGCCCAGAGGACUAGAGAGAGUACGACAUCUCAGGGAAGUGAUUGUAGUCACCUGUCGGUUAACUCCAAGCCUGGCAAUAACGGCAACAACGGAAACAGUCCACGGGUGAGCGUGUCCAGCGAGUGUAACGGGGGCCCGAGGUUGUCGGUGAUAGAGAAGCCUGUCUUGACAGUGGAGGUGGAGAAGGAGAAGGACACGGAAGUGAACGGGCCACCAGACGUAGUGGUCCUGAAAGAUCCGACGGAAAAGAAGGAGGCAUGCCCAGAACAGGUGGGACUUGCGCCACUGAACAUAUACUGGAAAUGCUGCCCUGCCCCUAAAGGCUGCUUCAAGACCAGAGCAUACUACUCCCUCUUCCUGUUUGCACCUGAGAACAGGUUACGACAGUUGUGCCAGUACCUAGUCAACAAGAAGUGGUUUGACCACGUCAUCUUGAUCUUUAUCUUCAUGAACUGCAUCACCCUGGCCAUGGAGAGACCCAAGAUUGACCCAGACAGUGGUGAGAGAAUGUUCCUGACAAUUGCCAACCAUGUCUUCACUGUCAUAUUCACCUUGGAGAUGUCUGUUAAGGUCCUUGCGUUAGGAUUUGUGUUUGGUGAAGGUGCGUACCUGAAGAGUGGCUGGAACGUCAUCGAUGGCUUCCUGGUGACCAUCUCACUGGCAGACACAGUCAUCAUGGUAUCGUCCAAUAGCAGUCCAAAAAUCUUCGGCAUCCUAAGAGUCUUCCGCUUGCUUCGGACUCUCAGACCCCUCAGAGUGAUCAGUCGAGCCCCAGGCCUGAAGCUGGUUGUCCAGACCCUACUGUCCUCCCUGAAGCCCAUUGGGAACAUUGUUCUCAUCUGCUGUACAUUCUUUGUCAUCUUUGGGAUACUUGGUGUACAGCUUUUCAAGGGGAAGUUUUUCCACUGUGAAGGCCCUGACUUGUAUGGGGUGAAAAACAAGACAGACUGUCUGAAGGACACCAAGAGGAAAUGGGUCAAUCAGAAGUAUAACUUUGACAACCUCGGACAGGCACUGAUGGCCCUGUUUGUGCUGGCAUCUAAAGAUGGCUGGGUAGACAUCAUGUACAACGGCCUGGAUGCAGUGGAUAUAGAUGUACAGCCUAUUGAAAACUACAAUGAGUGGAUGAUCAUCUUCUUCAUCUCCUUCCUCUUGCUGGUUGGCUUCUUCGUGUUGAACAUGUUUGUGGGCGUGGUGGUGGAGAAUUUCCACAAGUGUCGGGAGGAUGCCGAGCGGGAGGAACGCCUGGCACAGGAGGAGAGGAGGAGGAAGAAGAUGGAGAGGAGGAUGCGCAGAGAGGCUGGUCUUCCGCCUGUGCCUGAGGAGACAGAGGGAACAAAACUCCCAAAGCAGGCGGGAAAAAAGGAACAAAAACCCGUUAAAGACUCGGACGAUGAGCUUUUCUACAUGAGAUACUCCAGACCGCGGAGGCUCGUGUACGACAUGAUCACAAAUAAGUACUUUGACUUGUGCAUCGCUGCCAUCAUUGGGGUCAAUGUCAUCUCCAUGGCGAUAGAACACCACGACAUGAAAGAGGAGCUGUUCAGAGUACUACAGUACAUAAACUAUGUCUUCACUGCCAUCUUCAUCCUGGAAGCAGCACUCAAGAUCACAGGGCUGGGCUUUGUCAGAUACAUCAAAGAGAGAUGGAACCAGCUGGACAUGUUGAUUGUGAUCCUGUCCAUUGUGGGGAUUGUGUUGGAGGAGAUGGAUGCCACCUUCCUCCCCAUCAACCCUACUAUCAUCCGCAUCAUGAGAGUACUCAGGAUAGCCCGAGUCCUAAAACUGUUGAAGAUGGCCAAAGGGAUCAGGUCUCUCCUGGAAACAGUAAUGAAGGCAUUGCCUCAGGUUGGGAAUCUGGGGCUGCUGUUCUUCCUGUUGUUCUUCAUCUUUGCUGCUCUUGGAGUCGAGCUUUUUGGCAAGAUUGACUGUACUUCUAAUGUGGAACGGCCAUGCUCUGGGCUGGGCCUCCAUGCAAACUUUAAAAACUUCAGCAUGGCUCUGCUCACACUGUUUAGGAUAGCAACAGGGGACAACUGGAAUGGGAUCAUGAAGGAUACCCUGCGAGGUCCCCCCGACUGCGACGAUUCCGAAGACUGCAAGGCUAACUGCUGCGUGAGCGCCAUCCUCGCCCCCAUCUACUUCGUGUCGUUUGUGCUGAUGGCGCAGUUUGUGCUGGUGAACGUGGUGGUGGCCGUGCUGAUGAAGAACAUGGAGGACAGCAACCGCAGCAUGGCGGACGACGAGGAACAGGACGAGGAGCCGUCCGAAGGGAAGGAGUUCCGAGGUCUGGAGGACGAGCAGGGAGCUAACAAUGGACAGGGUAAUGGAGAUGGGAAGAAGCGUGUGACCAGGUUCCACUCCCUGCCUGACAGCUUCACCUUCCCUGUCCAGUCACCUGAGAACAGUGGAGGCAGCAGUGACAAUAAAGACCUCCUGUAUACCAUAUCUCCCAGCAAGGUGAGCCUGAUUUUCCACGAGGAGGAUGAAAAAGACAACCAGUACACUGGAGACAUCGAGAUGAGGACGUUUUCCUCGGCCCACAACAACGAGGACCGCCUACAAGAAACCAUCCUCGGCGUCAAGUUCAAGAACAAGAAGAGGACAUGUAAAGAUGCCAAGGACAAGGCCGAGACAGAACCUAUGUUGGCCAACGACACAAUGAGCAACACGAGCUCUCAAGAUGCCUACAGUGACCAAGUACCACCGUCUUAUGACGAAAUCCAAGUCAGCACUCCCAGCGUGGAAGAGAUUCGCAUUUCAGACUACGGAGAGAAAGAUCUCCCGUCGUUAAGUUGGACCAGUAGUAUCGAGGAUAACCGUUUGGAUGAGGAGGUUGCACACUUGACGGAUGCAAGCUUCGGUGACAAAUUCAGAAGGGCUAGCACACCAGUUAAUAUGCACGCCAGCGACCAAACCACUGGGUUCCGUUGCGUGAUGGGCAGUAGUGUGGACAUACGAGGUGACCAGAUCCCCAUGCUCCAAAGGCAGGGCACACAGGGCUCCAUCAGUGCACAGGACUUAUCCAGGUCAGACAGCGCAAGCGUGUCGGCAGGUCGCAGUACAAACACUCUUCUCGGCAGCAGCCAGCACGUCCCCACGUGCUCGUCGCGCGAUACCUUACAGAGCGACACGACUUUGCAAACAAGGAACAACUCCACAGACCUUCUGUCCAGCCCACACAGACUCAGUGUCCCGUCCCUACAUGCACAAGGAUCUACGUUGUUGUCUAGAUGUCAUAAACUUAGCAACAGUGUGGGCGUGAUUUCUGAAGUGCCUGAUUCUAGGGAAAGAUCAAGGCGUAGCGUCUGCUCGUUGGACCCGAGACUGUUCCAGGCAUUGAACGAAGAAGCGAGAUCGAGGGAUAGCAGCGUGCAAGACAAAUCCACACCGAACGGCCAAAAAACGACCGAAAGUAGAGAAAGCAUGCAGUUGCAAGCACAUAGUCCAGAUGUCAAACAGUGCAAGCAAAGCAACACCCAGAACUUGUUAGGUUCCCAGGAGCACAUGCAAAAUUCUCCUGAUUCAUGGCAUAUAUCCAAACAAGACAAUGUAUAG